AUGGAAGAAAGUAGUGGAGACAGUACGAUUAACGUUCGAGUUCCGAUAGGCAAGGAAGGCGGCGCCGUUACCGGAAAACCCGCAAACACCGCGCCGCCGGUCAAGAAGUCCAACGUGGGCCGUUCGAGGAAAGGGUGCAUGAGGGGGAAGGGCGGCCCGGAAAACGCGCUGUGUACUUUCCGGGGAGUCCGGCAGCGGACCUGGGGCAAAUGGGUGGCCGAGAUCCGCGAGCCCAACCGCGGGGCCCGAGUUUGGCUCGGAACGUUCAACACCUCCCUCGAGGCCGCCCGGGCCUACGACGACGCGGCCCGGAGACUAUACGGGCCGUCCGCGAAGCUCAACCUCCUCGACGACACUUUUUCCUCGCUGUCGUCUUCCUCCCCCGGCUCCACCGGCGGCGCCGGAUUCAACAUCGGCGACGACCACUACCUGUCGUCCUCCCCCGGAUCCUCCGCCACCGCCACCAGCGAAAUGUCGGAGGGGAAGGAGUGGUACGCGGAGGAGUGCUCGGUGUUGGACGAAGCUUCCGUUUUCCGGGACCGCGACGGCAAGUAUUUGCUGUGGGAGACGCCGGCGCCGAGCUUGCUAGACGAGGAACAGAAUAGAGGAUGGCCGGAGUUUCCGAAGGACAACAAUGGAUUCCAUUGCGCCGACGGAACAGAGAUCAAUAUUGAUAUGGGCGCAGGUGUGCGAGUUCCCCCAUGGUCGUAUUAA